AUAUGAGCAUGGGGAAUCAGUUUGAACCAUUUGAGGUUAUGCCACUUUAAUUCUUUAGACUACUUUGUACACAAUGUGACAACAGUACAGCACGUUUUUUGUUCAAUUUUCUAAUAUUUUCUGUUAACUUUUUUUAUUUCACACUAAAAUGCCUAUGCAAAAGAAAAAGUUUCAAUCCGGCGAGGGAGCCAGAUAUGUCACAAGGCGAGCAGCUUUAAAUAAACUCCAGCUAUCGUUGAAAGAUUUUCGUACACUAUGUAUAAUCAAAGGGAUCUAUCCGAGAGAGCCAGCUCACCGUCGGAGAGCUCAAAGAGGAAAAAGUGGUAUACAUAUUCUGUAUCUCAAAAAAGAUAUACUGUUUCUGUUACACGAACCCAUGAUAUGGAAAUUACGAGAUCUUCAAGUACAUCUAAAUCGAUUACGCCGUGCCAAGGGGAUGCAUCAAAAAGAUAUGAUAAAACGAUAUGCAAAUACUAUUCCACGUGUAGCCAUUGAUCAUGUAGUGAAAGAACGAUACCCAACAUUUAUUGAUGCAUUACGUGAUAUGGACGAUGCUUUAACACUUUGCUGUUUGUUUGCCACUUUUCCAAAGUUAAAAAGCAUUCCUCCAAAUUUAAUUGCAUUAUGCCGUCGCUUAACUGUUGAGUUUAUGCAUGUGUGCAUUGCUGCGCGUGCUUUACGUAAGGUAUUCAUAUCUAUCAAAGGAAUUUAUUUUCAAGUUGAAUUAAAAGGUCAAGCUAUUACUUGGGUUAUUCCUCAUAAUUAUCCACAUGAACCACAAAAAAAGCAAGAGGUUGAUUUCUAUACUAUGGCAACUUUUGCUGAUUUUUACUCAACUGCAUUGGGUUUUGUAAACUUCCGUCUUUACAACAAUUUAAAUUUACACUAUCCUCCACGACUUGGGUCAUAUAAUGCUGAAAGACUCGAAGAAGAAAUUUUAGAAGAAAAUGAAACUAGUGAUCGUGUAGCUGCAUUAAAUUUACCGUUAUUAAAAACCGCAGAAGAUGUUGAAGACCCUGCUGAUGCAGAGUUAGAUUUAGAUACUUUUGCAAUGGAUGGUGAUGAAUCAAAAGCUGAAGAAGCACGUAAAGAAUAUGAAAAAGUAAGGAAAUUAAAGAAACUGUUUGAAGGACUUAAAGUAUUCUUAAACAGAGAAGUUCCCAGAGAGCCUUUGGUAUUUGCGCUCAGAUGUUUUGGAGCUCAAGUGUCUUGGGAUGAAACCACAUUCCCUGAAGGUGCUACUUUUCCAGAAACUGAUGAAACUAUUACUCAUCAAAUAGUGGACAGACCUGAUAUUGAAAAACAAUAUAUUUCAAGAUAUUAUGUUCAGCCACAAUGGGUGUUUGAUUGCGUAAAUGCACGUGAACUUAUUCCAGUUGAUAAAUAUUUUCUUGGUACACCGUUACCUCCUCAUUUGUCACCAUUUACUGUUGAAUAUCGUACACAACGUUACGUUCCACCAGAAGAGAAAGCCUUAACUGACCCAUCUGUAAUAGUAAAUAAAGAUCAAGAAUUAUUGGAUGAAAUUUCUGAUAAUGAUAUUGAAGAUAUUGAAGAUGAUAAAAAAGAAUCUGAGGAUGAAACCAUGGAUGCCGAUGAUGAGGAUCUAGAUGAAUAUGAUGGUGAAAUGACUGAAGAACAAUUAGCUGAAAUUAAACGUAAAAAAAUGAAGGUAGAGUCAGGUACACCAGAAGUAAUUAAUAAAGGAAAACUUAGACGUGAAAUGCAUCAAAUGAAACUCCUCAAAGAAAAAAUGAUUCAAAAGAAAUAUAGAAACUUAUAUAAGAGUAUGAAAUCUGGUAGAAUGAAGAGAGAAAAAGAAAUUAAGUUACUUAAAUAUAAAAGACGUAUUCACGAGAGAACUAGUGUUGAAAAUAAACGUGCAGAGAUUAGAGCAAGAAGAGCACAAGCUGCUACAUUGAUGUAAAUUGUAUAAUUUAAAAUUUAUAAAAAAUAAAUCUUUUAACAGUUGAAAGAUUAGUA